AUGGCUUUUGUCAGUGGAGCAGGUUUAGGGUGAGUGGGUGUGAUCACCGCAGCCGGGGCUCCAGACACUCAGCUAUGGCCGUAAACGCAUCAGAGCCGCUAUGUCAGCCAUGCACGUACAACGAUGCGUUCAAAGUGGAUCUACAGGUGAAGAGACCUCUGAUGCCUGUCCAGCUUGGUCCAGAGCAAGUGGGUUUGGAGAUGUUGUGUCUCUGUGGACAACUGGACCUCCUUAUCAGGGCACAGAUGCAGCAGUUUCAGGAGCAGUUAGGACAAGGCUGCAGCCCAGAGGAAUCAGACACGUUCCAGACUCAAGGAUCAGAGAUUCUUGACCAGAUGCUGCAGUGUCUUGAACAUCUACCAAAACCCAUGCCACAGUUAGAGGACUAUCUGGACAUGAUGGGUCUGUCGACCAUGUUUCCCCGUGUAGAGGUGUUCCUAAUUCAGGGUAGCCCUGUGGAGAUGUUGGAAAGGCCGCCAAUGGAUGAAUACUUCUGUCACAUUGCCAAACUGAACCAGCUUUUGGUGCUAAGUCAACAACUAGAGGAAGACAUCCGGCACCUCGGAAGUCAUAAAUACAUUGCCCACCAGCUCUCAGUUAUUUAUCAAGUCAUCAGUUCUUUUAGAGGAAUCCAGGUCUUUUGUGAAAUAAAGAAAACUAUUGAGGCCAACUUCAAACAGAUGAAACAGUCCUUGGUGCAGGACGAAGGCUCCAGGCAUGAGCCUCAACUGGCCGCUCAUUACAUGAACUGGAUUUUAGAAAUAACUCAAAAUAUAAUAUCAGCGGUGCUAUCACUGCCAGAGGAGCUGACAGACGACAUUCACCAGGCUGUGACCUUUGCAUCCCAACUCCUGUCCUCCUGACUCACUCUGGAAAAGACCUGUGAAGUGUUUCAUGAACUGAACUUUAAAGGGUGCUACACGCAUUACGCCCAACGAUGGUUUAGUAAGAAGGACUAUGACAUGGUUUUUAUAUUUUUGUUGUUCUGAAUGUGUCACUAUUUUGCAAAUAAAUGUACACUUGGUAAAAUCCUCUUUGUACUAAUCAUAAAUAUAACUACUGUUAGUUUUUCGAUAACACAAUGAAACAGUAUCACUGAAUGCAAUAGAGAUAUGUGUUUUUCUUGGACUGUGCAUGUCCUUCACCAUGGAUGUCAUCAUAAUCAUAAACAUACACUGCUCCUCAUGUCAUGUAAAACACUGGUGAUGGUGAUUUAAGUUUGUGUUUAUUGUAUGGAACAAUAAAUCAAAUGGAUGAUUUCUAGACUUGCAAGAUCUCUAUUAUAUAUUG